UGAAUCAAUAAUCAUUAUGACGGUAUCGCGCAUGACAAAAUUAUUUUACAAUUUGCGAUUCGUAAGGUUAUGAUAAUGAUGGAAGAUCAAGUUAAUUUCGUUUGACUUUUCUGGAGUUUACGUCAAGAGAGAAUUAUAAGCGUCGAGUACGGUGUUUACGAUUUUUUCAGCAGACGACACAACAAUGUUCGAGGGAGCUAUAGCGGCAUUUUUAAAUCGCCUUUUAGGCAGAUACGUAGAAGACCUGGACACGGAGCAGUUCAACGUCGGUAUUUUCUCCGGGGAUACAUGUCUAACUGAUCUCAAGUUGAAGCCGGAAGCUCUGUAUCAGUUGGGAUUACCUAUUAGAGUAGAGAUUGGCUUGAUAGGAAAAAUUAUUUUGAAAAUACCAUGGUCUGGACUCUUUUCCCAACCUAUUGUAAUAUGCAUAGAGGACAUAUAUGCAGUAGCAGUACCUGCAUUAUCUGGCUCAUAUGACAAAGAGAUACAAAAACGUUUGAUAAGAGCAGAGAAAAAAAAAAUACUUGAGAAUCUCAAGAAAGAUGAAAUAUUUAGAACAGGUUUAUCUCCUCAACUGUUUGAUGAUCUACUAGCAUCAAUUACAAAGAACUUUCAGAUUACUAUAAAUAAUGUACAUAUUAGAUAUGAAGAGAAAAUUUUACGGAAUUUUCUCUGUGCCUGUGGUAUAUGUAUACAAAAUAUAUCAAUAACAACUACAAACAAUAAAUGGAAGCCUGGAGUAUGUGCAACAAAUUCGCAGACAGUAUAUCAGCUUAUACGUGCAGAAUCACUUAGUGUAUACAUGGACCACGAUACUGAAUCGUGUUUAAAUGUUCAAAAUAAUUGGAGUAUGCCUGAUAUCCUUGCAUGGAAAAGUGCAAUGUAUAGAGCCCUGCAGACAUUUGGGAUGAAAAACAAAGAAUUUCAGUUUUUGUUAAAGCCUUUUACAGCAAAAAUCAAAGUCAUCAUACACAAAGGUACAGAAACGCAAGCUUCUCGCAUGUUAGUCGAUAUUGUAUUGCAAGAUGUAGCAAUGCAAUUAUCUGAAGUACAAUAUGCUACAUUUUGUCAUAUUUACGAUUCUUUGAUGCGUGCAGUUGUGAACAGACCGCAUGCUAAAUAUCGUCCUGCAAAAAGCGUGUACGAAGAACCAGUAUCUUGGUGGAGAUAUGUAUAUAAUUCUGUUUUGGAUUAUUAUAUUAAACCGUAUACUUGGUCACAUAUAGCUGAACAUAGAAGAAAGUAUAAAAAAUAUAAAAAUGCUUGCAUCCAAAGUUUGCAACGACCAAAUGAUACGGAACUUAAAUUGGAUCUACAAAAGUACGAGGAUAAUUUAACAAUAUUGAAUAUAGUAAUUGCUAGAGAGCAUGCUAGACAAGAAUUGAGAAAUAGAGAUAUUGAACAAGAGUGCCAAAUGAGUUCAAUGAACAAUAUCAUAGGAGAAACUGUAUUAUCAAGUAAAGAUCAAGUACAGAAUACACCAGAACAAUAUAACAAAGAAGAUCGAAAGUCGAUAAGUGUAACGAACAAUUUAUCCGAUUCAAAAAUAAUAAAAUCGGAAGUGCAAAUCGAUUACAAAUUGAAUCUUACUUUAGCAAAUUGUUGUCUGAGUCUUUUAAGUAAAGGCAAAGAAAUGCUAAUCGUAACUGUCACACAAUUUCUGACAAGCAUUGAAACACGGCCUACAUUGUCAGCUUUCAAGGUAUCUGUUCGUGCGGAAAGUCUUGUAAUUGAAGCUAUAUCAAUCGAAGGUGAUCUAGUUCCUUUGAUUACAGUAGACAAUGUGUUAACUGGGAACGUGUCUACAUACUUUUUGGCUAUAGAUUUUGAAAAGAAUGGACUAAAUGUGGAUCCUAUUUUUGAAAUAUCGAUAAAGUUGGAAACUAUUGAAGUGACCUAUCAUCAAUUUGCUAUGGUCGAAAUAAUAAAUUUCUUUAAAUUUAAUACCAGUUACAUUCAUGAGACAGUUCUCAGAGCUUGUAAACUAUGGAAUUGUGUCAAAAAAAAAUAUUUGAGCUUCAUAGAUGAUGUUUUAUCACAAACAUUAAGAAUCAGUUUUAAAAUAGACAUCAAAAGCCCGUAUAUUAUAUUUCCUGAAUACGGGUCGCUUCAAAAAGGAGGACAUAUACUUAUUCUCGAUCUGGGUAAUGUAACGUUAACCAAUGAACUUCAAACUAUGAAUUUGCAACUGGAAGAUGCCACUCUCAUGGAACUAGAAGAAUUACUCUACGAUAGACUUAAUGUGGUGUUUUCUGGUGGCCAAAUUUUAUUUUGCCAUUCAGGCGACGAUUGGCGUAUGGCGAGAAAACGAAGCGAUUCCGAGUACCAUUUGUUACCAAAACUACAAGUAAAUGCGACUCUUUCGUACAGUAUUAGGCCUGAGUAUCGUCAAUUACCACGAACAAAGCUCAAUAUUCACAUCUCAAACAUGAAGUUUAAUCUCACUGAAAACAAACUGCGGUUAAUGACUUAUUUUUUAAACAAAUUACUAACAUUUUAUGAAAAUAAUGUUGGGAAGUAUAAAGCUGCUAUAAAAAGUUCUACCGAAUGGAAAUCAAGUAUUGUAUUUACUUCAGUCAAGAAAUUACUAGAAAUACAAUCCAGUGUAUGUCUGUCUUCUGUUACAAUAUUACACAAUGAUUUUAAAUCUGUUGUGAAACAAGUUGUCACAAAUAGUGUACCAAAACUUGACAGGAGUGUUGUCUCUUCAGAAGUUAGUGAAGAAGACUUGGAAUUAUUAUCUAAAACAAUUAAUUUGUCUGGAUUUGAUGAUAAUAUAUCUCCAUGUAAUCACAUUAAUUUGUUACUUCGAUUUGCCAUAGGAGAGUUCUCCAUAAAUCUGGAACAUACAGUCGACAACCGAGACCAGCCUUAUUUGAAUUUGAGAUUGCACACUUUAUAUUACGAAACCGCUAUGAUGGAAUAUGGUGUUGCUGUUCAGUUCGGCAUUGGAUCUAUUCUUUUAGUCGAUAAGACAAAUGCUGGUGUUACAGGAUCGUAUCUAGAACUAAUUUCCACCGACGAGUCUCACGAAGUUCUCAUUGUGUCGUAUCGCAAGGUGAAAUCAAAUUGUCCUGAUUUCAAGUCGCACUUCAAAAAUAUUGAACGCUUGCUGAUUGUAAACUUGUUAAAUAUUAAUAUAAACUUUCAUAGAUCUGCGUUAUUGAAAAUAAAAAAUCAAUGGCACAAGUUUGAAGAUAUAUGUCACUGUACGCUUUUAUCUAAAUUUAUCGAAAAAAUAUAUAACAAUGUUACAAAACGAGAACAACAAGACGUUGAUCCACCCAUUCCACCAGGUGCUAUUAAACUCAAUUACUCAACUAGACUCAGCUCACUAGUGUUACGAUUCUGCGAUAAGGACAUAGAUUUAAUAGAAAUUAAGAUUUUAGGUUUCGAAAAUAAUUGUAUUUAUAAUGCGAAUGAGAGAAUGGUGUUGCGCGCACAUCUCAGAAGUAUAUUCGCUGAAGACUUAAAUGAUGACACACUUUAUUCAAAAAUUUUGACAACGGACGAAGAUAAUGUUUUCGACCUGAAAUACGUAAGACACACACCAAAAUUGUACAGGUGUUCAGAUAUUGAUACAAAACAGGAUGAUGUGAUGUCAGACGGCACUUUUAAGCUUUCCGUUGGUCGAAUAAAUUGCGUGAUUAUUUCUAAACUUAUGUACGAUUUACAGAAUUUCGUAAGACCAUUUACUUCUGUGUGUUAUAUACGGCUUUUAAAGUAUUUGGAAACUAAAUUUGUCAAAGGAAUUGAAGUUUUUAAGAGAAGUGCAACAAAAUUACAUAUUUUUAUUGACGUACAAGGACCUACUUUUUUGUUACCUCAGAAAAAGGAUGCUCCGAGUUUGUUGGUUUUAGAUACAGGUAUACUAUCGGUUGAAAACUUUUUUAAGAACAGUAAGCAACCAGCAUCACAAUCGAUCAAGACAGCUGGUAAUGAUGGCAAUCCAUUGAUAAUUGAUAACAUCUUGAUAAAAUUGAAAUCUAUGACUAUAUCUAGAGCAAUUAUGACUCUAACUCGAGAUUUAGAAGUUCAGGAACCCAUUAUUGAACCUAUACAAAUACAGUUUGACAUUAAGAGGAAAACAGAGUUUCGUAGUAUCAUUGAUUUUCAAACUUACGGUUUAUUUAAUGUUCAAGGAGCUAUCGAUAUUGUAAAUGUAAACUUAAGUCAGAAGGAUCUCAAAUCCUUGAUAUCUGUGUGGCAAGAUAACAUUUCUAAGAUACCGUUGUUUAAAAAAUUUGACGAAAAUGACGAUCGAAUUUCUGCACAAGAUUCUCAGAAGUUCGUCAAAAGUGACGACGAUGUUAUGGUGAAAAAAUUGGAGAAUUUCUUGACUCGCAGUGAAACAGCUUUAUGCGAAAUCAAUGUAAAACUUACACUGGAAGGAUUGCAAUUGAAUUUAUUCAUGGACACGGAAGAGGUAUUGAGUUCUCCUGUGCGCGACUUGAAUCACGGUUUGUGCAAGCUGAGCUUUGGAGAAACCAUAAACACUUGGGACUUUUAUAGCGAUAGAAGUUUGAAAAUGAAAUUAUCUUUGCAAAACUGUUCGAUGCAGGAUACUCGUAAAAACUCUAUAACUGAGAAAAAGAUAAUACAGUCGCCGGCAAUAUCAUUGGAGAAGAAUUUCGAGUCCUGCAUUUCGGUAUCGAUGUCUCCUAUAGUCGAUGUCACAUACAGUCGUACUCAAGCAGAGGAAAAAUGUUUCGAUGUUCUUAUACAGGAUGUGCGAAUUAAUUUGUCUGUUCUUUUCUUGAUGAAUUUGGCACGAUAUUUUCUGGAUUCUUUACCUGGCGAACAAAUAGAGAAAGGAAUCAUCAAUCACGGAUAUGAUAAUAAUAAUCAAACGAACCGGAAUACUUUAAAUACGGAAAUUGACAAAUUAAGUCGUUCCAAAUUCCAUUUUAAGGAACAACCAGGUACUUCUAUAUCAAUUAGAGUACAGAAGCCGGAUAUCUUUUUAUUCGGUGAUUUAGAGAAGAGUAAUACGCACGUGAUACGAUUGCAAGCAGAAGCAUUCGUAGAAAGUAGUAGACAUAGUUGUUCCUCUUCUAUAGUCUACAUCCUGACAAAUGUCAAUAUCAAAACUAAAGGCCAGGGAAAUUAUGAAUCUCCAUGUUGGCUGCUACGUCCGUGUGACAUGGAAAUUUGUAAGAAAAAAGAAUUGUCGGAUGGUAGUGAAGAAGUCAGCGUUACCAUAAAUAACGUUAAUAUACAUUUAUCAGCGGAAGUACUCCACACUUUUACUGAUAUAGUGACCGAAGCAUCAACUUUUCUGAAUAAUCUUAACUCGAAAAUGAAUAACGGCAAUAUUAAUCAAAACGUUAACGUGCACAAUAAUCUUUGGAUACCAAUGAAAGUUUCUAGUAUACCUUAUAAGAAAGAGGAAGCUAAUUCGGAACAGUGUAGUUAUCACAAUGAUCGUGUAAUAUUCAAUUUGAAGCCCGUACUAGUAUGCCUAUUAUUAGAAAUGGAGUACUCUGUUGGAAGAUUUCCGAUAAUGAAAGUAGAAACUGUCAUCACUACUACUAUUAACGACUGGUAUAAUAAUUUUAAUCUUGAAUCAAACAUAAAACUAUACGCAUUCUGCUAUAACAUAACUCAUCAGAAAUGGGAACCGUUCGUGGAACUUUGCACAAAAGACGAUGUAAAUUAUAAGCCAUGGGAAUUGAUGAUAAAGACGUAUCGAGGUGAAACAAAUAUAAUUAAUUCUAAUUGGACAGAUCAUUGUCAUCAUAUAAAACAAGAUUCAGGAAAGACGAAAAAAAAAGAUAUGAAGCAUGACGGGCAAGAUGUAACGGAUAUGAUAUUUGUUGAACCUGAUGCCGAUACAAUCUUGUUGACAAGAAACAAAGGAUCUGAAAUGUAUAUCACGUAUGAAGAUGAAUCCGAUACGGAUGACGACGAGAAUGAUACAAAGUUAGCAAGAAUUUCGAAUUAUCUAUUUAAUAAUAGUAGCGACGAUGAAGAAAGUGAUGAUUCCGAUAAUUCGAGUACAAAUGAGGAAUUGGAAUUAACGCCAGAUUACAAUUCUGAAGCUCAUAACUCUUUUCUGCGCACGCCAGCAAAAACAACUCUUUCAACGCCGCAUAUUGUUCUGUAUACGGAGGAUAAAAUUAAUAUCACUAUAACGCAAAAUAUGAUUACAGCGUGGAAUGCAAUUUUGAGCGCGUUCACACAAGCAAAGGGUGGAAUCCCGUUCGUACCCAUUAAUACGCGGGAAUUAACUGUAUUAAAUGACAUAGGACACGCGAGUCGAGUAGAGCUGCUUGUUCAAGAACAAGUAGGCGAAAAGAAUGUCACACACGUCGUCACUGCGCAUAACUUUCACGAUAGUAAUUCACCGAUCAGCGUUCCUGGCAGCCCAGAAAAUGAAAUUCAAUCCAAUCUUACUAGUCCUCAGUGGACUGUUAAAGAGACUACUACGCUCAUGCCAGAAUGUAAAAUAUUUUCUACUGACUCGCCUGUGCACAUUUAUAAAUCAAUAACCAACGAACUUCUUCGUAUUGUUUUUGAAGAGUUUGAAGAUGUACUGAUAUAUUGCCCGAAAAAAGAAACGUGCAAUCUAGUAUCACUGCGUCCUGUAAAACACGAAGUUCGCUACUACUUGAUAAUAGAGGCGUCAAUAAAAAAUCAUCUACACCGUACAAUCUGUGUGCGAUCACCGUUACAGUUUCGAAAUGAAACAUCGUACGCUUUGGGACUUUAUUAUAAGAAAGCAGUCUUAGAUAAACUAGGUCUAACACUAACUGGCGAAACCACAAAUCCUUUCGACGAUAAUGUAAGAAUAGCGAUUGUUGAACCUGAUGUAACUUACAAUGUACCUUUGUAUGUCGCUUAUCAUUGUCCGAUACACAUACUUCCUACGUAUCCAGAACAAUAUCAAGUGAGUAACGUAGGGAUUUACUGGAGAGACUUGAAGGGAAAUACAUUUAAAGACGUAUGUUGCGAAACUAAAGGCGACUUUAAUCGUAAUGUAUUCUGUGUCAGGGCGGUAUGUACGGAAAUCCCGCUAACCACUCGUCCUUCAGGCUGUCAAGUACCAAAUUACUUGAUAAAUAUCAUGCCGCCCGUUGCUUUUAAUAACCAGUUACCCUUCGUUAUAGACGUCAGUAUACCUGAUAUUAAUUAUGAAGUGAAAAUCGAACCCGGAGAGAAAAUAAACAUGCAUUCCUUGAAUUGCAACAGUAAUUUGCAGUUUAUUUUCAAGGUAUUCAACUAUUUAGGUACAUCUUGGAUAGGCGCGGUAAAACUUAACAUGAAUCUGGAACGAAAAUUUGUGUUAAUGUCUACAGAUAAUGAGUCGGAUUUAACAAAGCCUUUUCUAUUGUGCCUGGAACUGUGCAAAAUGCUUAGCUGGAAUAUCAUAUUACAAUCGCAAUAUUGGAUAAUAAAUAAGACAGGACUGCCCUUGUUUAUCCAGGACUGUCAUUCUCAUACAUCUUACGAGAUGCCAGAGGAAGAGUUAAUGGUUUUUUCUCAAAAAAAUAAGAAAUCCAUGGUGCGAGUAAGAGCUCAUCAAUCUGAAUGGUCAAUGUCAUUCGGACUGGACGGGAUCACGUCGAUGUCGUUGAUAGUAUGUCGAGACGUCGAACGCUGUCGGAAAUAUCAGAUUUUAACGGAAAUAGAAAGUUCCCGAUUGUCGCCAAUUUUUACAAAAAUUAUAACUUUUCUGCCGUAUUUUUUUAUCUUCAACAAUACCAAAAGGGCUUUGAGAUUUAUGGAGGAAAACGAGGAAGCCGAUCUCUGGAAUGAUCUUUUGCCUGGACAGGAAAUAUCGUUUUGGCCGGCUACGGAACAUAUGAAAAUGAGAAUAAAAUGGAGGAACAGUCAAGUGGUUUCUCAGCAUUUUGAUAUUACACAUGUGGGAAAGACUGUAUUAAGAAUGGAUAACGGGUCGGCAUUGUGUGUGGAGAUUGAGGGCGGCGUCAGUACUCCGUACCGCGUAAUGUUCCGAAAAUACGUUAUCGGCGACAUACCUGUGAGAGUGGACAAUCUCUGCGAUAAACUAUUUCUAAAGCUGAAUCAAGUCGGUUUAGGUCAGGUUGUUUUACUUAAACCAUUCCAAAGUUUGCAGUAUACUUGGGAUGAUCCUGUUCAACCUAGAAAAUUGAUUUGGAAUGUUUACAACAAUAACGCGGUUGGUUACGAAGCACAAUUCGAAACGGAUGGCUGCGGGCACGAAAAAGUGUCCUGCGUAACCGUCGAACGAUGUGAUAGCGCGUCCUUUUCCGUCAUUUCUACAUCAUUAGCGAACGCGAAAUCGUGGUCGGAAGACACAAAAGAAAUUGUCAGUCAAUUUUCCACUACAGAAUCCGAGCCGAAACAAGUAUUAGAGCACGUGCGACAGGAUGAGGUGGAAGUUUAUUGGGUGAGCUAUAUGAACGGUGAACAACGUGUGUUAUUAUUUACGCAGCACGAGAGCAUAUAUUUAAAAGCCAAAAGCGUCAUUGAUCCUGAGAUAAGCAAGAGGGAGAUAUUUCUUUCGAUUGCGGCUAUCGGAGUCAGCGUGAUCGUACAAGAAUCGAGUCUUCAUCAGGCUAGACGGGAAUUGUUGUACGCCAGCGUGAUCGACUCCGCUGCUCAUUGGGAACUUUAUUUCAGCAAACGAUGGAGAAGUUUGUCAUUGGAAUUGAGUGCUUGGCUAGAAAAUAAGUACACGAAUUUCGCGAAGAAGGUUCAGCUAGAAAACUUUAUUGACGUUGAUCUUAUGAAAAUGCAAAUGACCAAACCAUUUUUCGGUAAACUGCGAAGAACGUAUUCACCAGGUAUUUGGUUACAUUGCAGAGAAUCUACGAUGUUACGUUACUUACAAGGAUAUGUUCACAAAAUACAAAUUGAUAAUCAAUUGAACGAAGCUACUUUUCCAGUAGUUUUAUAUCCCAGUUUGCAAAAGACUUUUGUGAAUCAUGCCGGAAAUCGCAGAUUAAAGCAUUGUUUAGAGUUUUCAUGUCUAAAUCAGCGUAAAUUGGAAAGCACUAUUUACAAAGGAAUAUGCAUUAUUGUUAGAGAGUUCAAUUUAAAUCUAGAGGAAACUUUCCUCUGUUCGUUGAUCAAUUUGAUACCCAAGAUACCGGAAACUAAGCAUACAAUUGCCGCUAAACUCCGGAGAGAUGUAUCCAAUAUGCACGUUACUUCGGUUCACAAAAUCAGUAAUAAUGUGAACAACAGAAAGAAGGAUAUAAUAGAGCAAAUAUAUAUUUCUCCAAUGGUAGUACGCUUGAAGCUUUUGGCUAACACGGAUGGAACGCGCAGUUUCAGUAAUGUACUUGAUUAUCAUAACGUUCUUCGAUUUAUUUUUGAAUAUGCGGAAAAGGGUACGUUUGAGAAGGACGCUGAAUUUCGAUUGCCUGGCUAUCAAAAGAGUUUUAUCAUAGUCAACAACGAGCAGUUUUUCAUGCGUCUUUUACGGACUUACGUGGCACUAAUUAUGGAGCAGUUUCAUGUAUUGGUACGUUUAACUACGGUGUUAGGAAAUCAGUACGGCUACAAUUUUAAAUUGUUAGAAAGCAGCUUUUGUGAAUCGGAUUUAUUAUUGUUGUACGGCGAUGAAAUUGCGGAAAAGUUAGCGUAUGACGUCGCGUGCAAACUGGGUUACGUUACGCCCGACAGCAUGCAACCUACAAUUUUAAACAACUAUGAUCAUCAUACGUUUCGUUCCAAGAUAAAAGAUACGAUCUAUCAGAAUCCUGAUGUACCGCCUUUAGCAUUUGUAAUCAACGAUUUAUUCGCUACGGAAAUUGAAUUGGAAACUUCUGGCUUGAUUACUACGUCGACAAACAGCAUUUAUCGAGAAGGAUUACAAUAUUUCUUUAAAACUUUGGGAAAGAAAGUAUCUACAUUGUUCAAGGAGGAAAACUGUUCUUUAAAAGCUCAUUCAAAAGUAGUAACAGAUAUAAUAAAAAGAGCACAAGAAGUAAGACAUAAUUUCGUAUCUCGGGUGCGAUUGCCGCGGUAUAUUAACCCUCAGUUCGGUGUGGAACCGUUUUCAACUCAUAAAGCAAAAGGAAUGUAUUUAUUAAAUACCAUAAGUAAGGGUCAGUACGUUCACAACGAUUCUUAUUGGGGACACGCUGUAGUCCACAAUGAUGGAAAAUAUAUUACUCUCAUAUCUUUGCAGCGACUACAUUAUAUUGAAAAAGGAAGCGCGUGGAGUUCGUGGAAUGUAAAAUGGACUUUGGAAACAAAUCAAUUAUUGUCACCGCCAACCAUUGCUAAAAACAAACUUAUUUUGCACAUAACAGAGCCGCAGACCGAAGAAAAGACAUUAUCUAUGGUGGAUUGGUAUGUGGAGAGCGAAGCAGCCGAUAUUCUGGAGUGGUUGUGUCGCAAAGUAAACAGUGCAAUGAUCUUCAAUAUGGAGAGCAGCAUUUGUUCCAAAUGAGGAUUUCUAAUAUCGUUGAUUGAUGAAACUACUAUAAAAUGAAAUUAAAUCGCAAAAGCUAAAGAGAUCAGUGUAUUUACAUAUUUAGUUCGGCAUAAUAAAAGUUUAUGUGAUGAAUAUGCAAAACAAUCUUUUGUCUAAUGCCCUACAAUUUUUAUUAUUAUAAUAUUAUUAUUUUAUUAUCUUGUAUUAUCGUAUAUCUUGCAAAGUCAGAUCGCAUCUUCGUCUUCUGGAUAAAGUACGUCUAGUUUAUUUCAUAAUUUAUUUACAAAAAGUCUUAGUAAAUUACACUUACAGGCAUCUCCACUCGAACUAAAGUAAAUAAUUUAAGAACUACAUGUAUUUAGAUAUCUAUAGAAUAGGAUACUUUGGGGUCGGGGAGAAGCUGGGACCAGGGAAAGUGUUCUGUGUUGUAUUUAACUUAUUUCAAUACGCUUCUAAUUGUAUCUUCGCGAGAAAUUGAGUCGUUUAAAUAGUUACAUACAUGUCGUAUGUGGAAACUAAAUCUUCUAUCUUUCUUAAAUUCAUUCUCUCUAUGAAACGAGGAAGUAUAUCAGUGGAAGGUGUGCAACGACGAGUUUGCAUGCGUUUCUUUUGUUGUUUCUUUUUUGUAACUGUUGCGAACUGUAGAUGUUCGUAAAAGUGGGAUUUUAUAAGAUAAUUGUAUGUAUCCGUAAGAAUCAUCAAAAUAUGUGCAAGCUGACAAUCGGUAUUUUGUUAGUUUUACAAUAAUGUAUGCGCGCUUUGAAAAAGCAUAAAAUCUUGGUUAUAAAUAUAUUCCCAUUAGAAUCGUUUAAUGGCACGAUCGAGCUUAAAUUUAAAAAUCUUUUUCUUCUUAUAGUAUAUUUUUUUAAUAUAUUCGAUUCUACAUUAUCGCCCAGAACCAGUUCAAUCUGUUUCUACAAUGUCAGUUUUCUUAUUUUCUGCUUCCCUUUUUUCUUUUUUGUUAUCACAACGACGUUUUAUUUAUGUUUAUAAAUAUAUGUAUUCCAAAGACUGCAGUUAGAUCAGCUACUUUCUAAUCUCUCUCUGCGAAAAAGAAAACUUAUGAGAAUCAAAGAAAAAAUCAUUAAACUCCGUUCGAUGAAGAUUUCUAUAAAUUGUUUUACUUAUUACUCUGUAAAAUCAAAUAAUCAUCAAAUAAUUUAAGUGAUUAAAAUAUUUUAAUUGCUUUUUGUUUCUCACAAGCUGUAUUCGCGUUUUUUUUUUUGCUUUUUUUUUGCUUUUUUUUACAGACACUAUCCCCACCCCUUAUUCUACCAGCACCCCAUCUUUCGCGCGUACAUACUCACGUAUACAUGCACGCAGCUCUCUAGUUGCCCCCCUCCCCCCUUCUUUCUCUCUACACACAGUCAUCUUUUAUAUUAAUACACACAUAUACACACUGCAUUCACCAAAAACUAUGCGUUUUUUGCAUUCAUGUAAUUUCAUACGCGCGACAUUCAUGUCCUUCUCAUACGCACACGUAGGCAAAUAUGGGCUUCUUUUAUCUCUCAAAUAUCUUUCCUUUUUUUCUUCCUAAACAUCUAAUAUACACAUACAUACAUGUCACAUGCACGCAACAGACACAAAUAUUUAGAAACAUUCAACGUAUGCACAUUUUUUCUUGUUUUUUUUUAGCUUUCACUCUUUUAUCUCUCCAGUCAUUCAUUCAUUCAUUCAUUCAUUCUUUCUUUCUUUU